AUGGCCAAGGACAAGAACCCGAACCUAGCCCUGCGCAUUCGAGUUGAGAGCGGAGGUUGCCACGGCUUUCAAUACCUUAUGAGCCUCAUUACGAUGCCAACAGGAGAAGCACGCGAAGCUUCUACCAUUAUCUCCGAGGAGGACAGCAUCUUCCAAUAUGUUCCGGACGAAGCCAACUCUGCUACUCCGCCCGCCGAUAGCCCGAAAAUUGUACUAGACGAGCCUUCUCUGGAGCUUCUCACGGGCAGCAAGGUGGAUUUUACACAAGAGUUGAUUGGGUCGCAGUUCAAGAUUGUUGACAACCCAUACGCAACGAGUAGCUGUGGGUGUGGGACAAGCUUUGAUAUCAAGGUGUAG